UUCGGAUUUUUUCCGGUCAGCUUCGUCCCCCGUCACUGUGGCAAAGCGUCCUUCACCUCCCCAUCGCAGCGAUGGCGUGAUAUAACACAAUACGCCUGGGUGGGCCGUUCCCGAACCACCCCCGGCUUGGCCCGGAUCACACCCCGACCCACGCGGCCGGACGGCUAGGUGGCAGACAUACAUAAUGCCACGCUGCUCCAAAACAUCACCACUGACACAUUUUACGCGAUAUCUUCGGUUUUCCAGUCAAACCAACCAUGUCUCACCCACCAAUCAAGCGCGUCGCCGUCAUUGGUGCCGGCCCAGCCGGCGCCAUCGCCAUUGACGCUCUCGCCCAAGAAAAAACCUUUGAUAUCAUCCGUGUUUUUGAAAGGCGCGAAGAGGCCGGAGGAUGCUGGAUCGGCGACAAAGCCCGCCCCCCAACCCUCACCAACUUCCCCUCCCUCGCCAACCGCACCGCAGACCCCCCCCUCCCCAUCCCACCCAAACUCCCAGCCCAAACACCUAAGUCUGACCGCCCUCGCUUCACCGAGUCCUCCGUCUACCCCUACCUCGAAACCAACGUCGACCACCUUCCCAUGUCCUUCAGCCAGGAGCCAAUCCCAGCCGACAAGACCGACAAGUCCAUCACUCUCCACGGGCCAGAAACCCCUUUUCGACACUGGACCGUCAUGCAGCGUUACAUCAAGUCCCUGAUCGAGCACAACAACUACGAGGAUUUGGUGUCCUACAACACCACCGUCGAGCUGGCCGAAAAGGUAGGUACAGAGUGGAAGCUCGUGCUGCGAAAGGAGGGCAAGGAGAAAGAUUACUGGUGGACAGAGUACUUUGACGCGGUGGUGGUGGCGAGCGGGCACUACUGGGUGCCGUACAUACCCGCGAUCGACGGGCUGGACGAGUUUGAAAAGGGGAGGCCGGGAAGUGUGAUUCACAGUAAGCACUUUCGGGGGAGGGGAUAUUUCAAAAACAAGCGCGUGGUUGUAGUAGGCGCCUCCGUGUCGGCAGCUGACAUCGCCUACGACCUCGCGCACUCCAAGACGGCCGAUUUGCCAGUCCACACCAUCACCAUCGGCCAUGCGGCAAAUGGCUACUUUGGCGGUGGUGCGUUUGAGCACCCGAGGAUUCAGCAACACCCUUCGAUCAAGUCCGUGUGCCCCAAGACGAGGACGGUGCAUUUGGCUGAUGGGAAGAGCAUUCCGAAUGUGGACUCGAUCAUCUUUGGGACGGGAUACACGUGGACGAUGCCGUUUCUGCCAAACAUGGAGAUUAGGAACAACCGCGUGCCGGAGCUGUAUCAGCACGUGGUGUACCAAAGAGACCCAACGUUGCUUUUUGUCGGUGCUGUCGGUGCGGGGCUGACGUUCAAGAUUUUUGAGUGGCAGGCUGUUUUGGCUGCGAGGGUGUUGGCGGGGAAGGCGAAUCUGCCGAGUGUGGAGGUGAUGAAGGAGUGGGAGGAGAAGAGGAUCAAGGCUAGGGGGGAUGGGGUCAAGUUUACGUUGGUGUUUCCGGAUUUUGAGGAGUAUUUUGAGGAUGUGAGGAGACUGGCGGGGGAGCCGGAGAAUGGUGUGGGGAGGAGGUUGCCAAAGUUUCAGAGGGAGUGGUUUAGGGCGUUUAUGGAUGGGCAUGAGCUGCGGAAGGAUAUGUGGCGGAGGUUGAACAAGGAGGCUAGAGAAGAGGAGGAGCAGAGGGAAAAGGGUGCUGUCAAGGCCAAGCUUUAG